CUGCCGUUCGAUACUACCACCUCCCUUUCGCUCCUCUCGCCACUCCUUUAAUUCUACGGAAAAGGCCCCCUCCAACCACCGCCCGCCCGCCGCGGGACCGACGUGGGCGAUGCUCCGGCACCCGCCGUGCUCGUCGCGGCGCCUCCUCCAGAGCGUCGACGCCCGCAUCCCGGGCAUCCCCCCGGCCGAUCCCCCGUCCGGCGUCAGCUCCGAUGUCGUCGUCAUCCUCGCCGCCCUGCUCUGCGCGCUCAUCUGCGUCGUCGGCCUCGUCGCCGUCGCCCGCUGCGCGCGCUCCCGCCGCAACUCCACCAACGCCGCCACCAACCACUCCACCACGUCCAGCAGCCCGGCCCACUCCGCGGCGGCCUUCGGCGGCGGUGGCGGGCACACCCACGCCACUCCUACUACUACCACAGGCGCGUCGGGGGCCAGCGUGACGACGACCGCCAGCAAGGGGCUCAAGAAGAAGGCGCUCAAGGCGCUGCCGAAGCUGGCCUACGCGGACGCGGUGGCCGCGGCGGCGGCGGCGAGGGGCGCCGCGGCGGGGGACGCGCAGGACGACGAGGGGAUCCUCCCGGAGUGCGCCAUCUGCCUGUCGGAGUUCGGCGAGCGGGAGGAGGUGCGCGUCAUGCCGCAGUGCGGCCACGGCUUCCACGUCGCCUGCGUCGACACCUGGCUGCGCUCCAACUCCUCCUGCCCCUCCUGCCGCCGCCCCAUCGUCCUCGACGACCCCGCGCCGCCCAAGCGCUGCCGCAAGUGCGACGACUUAAUCCUCGAGGCGGCCGUCGCCGCCUCCUCCUCCUCCUCCUCGUCCGCCGGCGGCGGCCGCCGCGGCCGUGGGGGAUUCUUGCCGUAGCAGUACAGUAGAGCUGUCAUGUCCUCUGGCGGGUGGGUCCAGGUCGGCGUGGGUAGUUGAGCUGCUCCUUUCCCGGUGGCCCACAUGUCAGUACUGCUGCAGUGAAGUUUUCUUCUAAAGCAACAAUGGAAAUGAGAAUAAUUAGAGCUUGCGAUUCUUUCCUGUACUCUAACUUUUUGGGUCCUGCACUUGUACUACUCCAGUCUAUAUGGGCGUCGGGGGACAUGACAUCAGAUACACUUCUUGUUGUAAAGAAAAAUGUAAAGAUUAUGAUGACCAUGUUAAAACAAAAUCCUACUGCUCCACUUAUUGGUUUGCAGUUGCUGACAAGAUGAAAACAACAAUUUACAUGUGGA